UGGAUCUUUUGGUAGAUCUUGUUUUUAUUAUGACAGUGAAAUUUCAAAAUAUUCUGUGUUUUGUUUUUUAUUUUUCAAAUUUACAUUUUCUGGUAUUUGUUUAAAUUAAAAGAGUAAAAAUAAAAUGGAUGCUCGAAAGAAUAUAGAUCCAACGGAUACAUUUGAUGAAAAUCCUGGAAUCAUUCAGCGUUUUAUUCAGAAUUAUUCAACGACUGAUUUAACCUCGGAAUUACCUCCAGAUGAACCCACAGAUCCUGUUUUGAUACAUAAUUAUGAAGUUCAACACCCUUUACCUGCAAGACCUCCAAGAGUUAAAGCUGAAAAGGAUCCUACUAUUAUUGAACCAUCUGUUAGUACCAGGUUAGGAUUGCAACCUUAUCCUCCAGGUGAAGUGGGAGCUAAAUAUGUUGCUCCAAUGCCAAAACUUGCUGAAUAUAAAGAGUUGAAGAAAAAGAACAGGAAGGAGUUUUUUGAUCAAAUUGAAUUCUGUGAUCAUGACGUGUUGAGGUUACCAAGUCCCAUUAUCAUGGAUACAAUAUCAAAGUUGGAGGAAGAAUCUCCACAUAUUAGUAAAGCUAAAGUGCUCCCAGAAAGACCUUCAGUGUUUACAUCAAGUACCAUGGUCCCUCCAACCAAAUCCCAAUUAAAAGCUAAAGAAAUCAAAAGUGGGAUCUUCUUAAAUGUUGAUGAUUCCGAUAUGGGGUCAAGGUCAUCCGCAGAAGAGGAGGAGAUUGUUAAAAAAAAGAAAAAACCAAAGAAACGUCGAGUCAUCAAACGCAGAAAGCAUAAACGUCAACCCUUACCCUCCAUCCAAGAAUCCAUCCAUGACCAAGGCGACAUAGACCUAGAACAACAAUUCAUGCAAUCUCUAGAAUUCUACGACUAUGAAAUGUAUGGUGAAGGAGGUCCUGAAAUAGAGUUACCAAUUUGGAAACCCGAAAUGUAUGAUGUAUCCACCCAUGUCUCCGAUAACCUUAUCCUAGGACCUUUUGCUGAUCAAAUGUCUAUUGCUUCAUCAGCAACAUCAAUGGCUGACAAAUCCGCUUUUGAUGAUGUAUCUUGGUGUGAAAUACCUUUAACCUCCAGAUUGGUUCAAACCCUACGAGAUGCCCAAUGUGUAAAACCUAAGAAAAAAUACCGCAAAGGAUGUUUAGAAAAUCAUUCAUUUACCAAACUCAAACAAUCCAUUCUAACAGAUUUUCCUCAUUGUACCAUCAUAGGAUCAAUCAAUCAAGGAGAUCUUUGUUUUCCUAAAGUAGCCAGGGGUAAUCAAGGGAUAUGUAUGCCUAUUGCAGCAUUCUGUUAUGCACAUAUUAAGAAGUAUAAAGACUGGACAUCAAGAUCUCUUGAUGAAAUUGUAGAACUUGGAAAUUGUCAUUUCAUGUCAUCAAUUGCAGAGAUACACAUGCAUAAAGGAAGAAAAGAAUUAGCUGUGCAUGAAGUUAAUAAUUUCUUUUUUAUCUGUGAUAAGAAGAUAAAAUUUGAAAUAUCAGAUCCUGAGGUGAAAGGAUUAACAAGAUCAACAGACAAGAAGAUAUUCAAUAUAUCAACAGGUUUAAAAGUGUUUUUCUGUAACUACAACACAGGAAUAUUAAGAACUGAAAACUUGAAUAUCCUAAUCUGGAAGAUCAAAAAAGGUUGUUAUCUUUUCUUUGACGCUAACCCAAGAAAAAGUAAUCUAUAUCAAGACAAAGUAGGAUCUGCAGUUAUGACUAUAGUAUCAAAGUUAAAAGCCAUCAGAUCAAUCCUCCUAGAUAGAUCAUCAAUUGGUAAUUCUCCAUUCAACAUUUGUCAGAUAAAAGUCCUGAAGAUAAUGGGUAAAGAUGAACGUGAAGAAGAUGAAUACACCAAAGAAAGAAACACUUACAUAGCUUUGAAUGAUCGUCAGGCGAUUGUCCAGGGAAGUUUUGAUCUUGGUGACCUAUGCUUCCUGUUUAACAGGAAUAAACAAUCUCUGAGUAUGUCUAUAGUAGCAUUGGCUUAUUCAAGAAUAUCUGUUCCACAUUCCUGGCAUAAGAAGACACUGGAUAAGAUUUUAAUCAUUGGUAACCAAUUACAUUCUGUGAUUGUAGAAUCUGAGAGUUGUACUGAUGUGGGUGUUGAGCAUCUUCCUGCGGUGUUUACAGUAGGCCCAUAUGUUCUGGAGAUACAUAUCUAUCCAAAUAGAUACGCUGAUUUGAUGUAUAAGAAAUCAAAUUGUAUAUUUUCUGAAGACUUGAAGUUAUUCUUUGAGAGUAAUAACAAUUGUGUUGCUCAGAUUGGUAAGGCUUAUAUGGCGAUCUGGCAACAGAGAGAUAUGUUCUUUUGCUUUGAUCCUCAUACCAGAAACAAAGAGGGUUUGAAAUGUCGUCAGGGAGCUGCUGUUUGUUCAAUGAAUAAAGACCUGGAUGUACUUCUGGAGACUGUUGUUCAGAAUUAUGACAGUCGUGAGACUAUAUUCCAUCUUCACGCAGUUAAGUUGAUUAGGAUUCACAGAGACCCUGUUUUGACCAAAUUUUUCCCAAAACAUUUAACUCUACAAGAAAUGCCUAUGGAAACCUUUCACAGGCAUAAAUGUAUGAAGAGUAAGAAACGUGCAACUGAUAAACCUUUCGCAACAGCAGAUUUCAAAGAACAUGCUCUGAAAAAACUCCUAGCUGGAAUAACACUAGCAGAUUCAAUUUACGAUGUCCAAAGUAAUUUAGGAGUAUUGGUACUUAUAUGUUACCUGUAUUUGAGUGACACUCAGAUUGUCCCCAAGAGAAGAAAGGAAUUAGAAGAAGAACCUGAAGGUCAAGAAGGUGGAGACUAUGGACCUGUCCCAAUGUAUGGUCUAGGUGAAGAUAUUGAACAGUACGUUCAAGAGGAACAAUCCCAGCAAUAUGGGGUUAUGUCCCAGGUUACUUCCGGGGAGUUAGAUCCUUGUUUCCGAGCUGAUUAUAUUAAUACCGACCUAACCUAUUGUUACAAACUACUUCCUGCAAUGGAAUUACCAAUGAGGACCAAAGAAGAUCGUGAUAUUAUCAUUGACCUACACCAACAAGAAAAAGAGUUACAGAAUCUACGUUACUAUGAUAAAAUCAAUGAUGAAAUGCAGAUUUUAACAGGAAAAGCCAAUUGCUUUGAUUUCAUUUAUGAAGAAGAUGAUCCUAACCUUAUAAUUCCAUACAUGUGCAUCAUGGCAGCUGCCUAUGAUAUAGAGAAACCCAUUAAUCGAUGGGAUGAUGCCACAAUAGGUUUUGUUCUUCAAUCAGGUCGCAUGUUAUAUGACCAAUACGCCGAAAGUUUUGUUCAUAUAGACGACUUUAAAUUUGAAUUGGUUAAGAAUAACAUCAUGGCGACUAUUCAUAUCAUCUUUAACACCUACAUAGGAGAUGAUUUGUUUGAUACCUUUUCUGGACAAAAGAUCCUUGAAGAGUUUAUUGAUAGACAUGUCUUCAAUCAACAAGAUGUCGGAUUUGUGAUGGUACCACAUUACGCAUGCGCUGUAUUCUUCAAAAAGAGUUUAUUCUAUCUCUUUGAUCCUUAUAACUGUGAUAAAUGGGGAAAUGUCCAACCUUUAGCCAAAAAAGGAAGAGCUUGUUUAAUCCGAUUCAGAUCAAUGGAUGAAUUGGUUAAGAGACUUAUCCAGAACCUGAGUAAACGGGUUGUUGAGAAUGACACCUGUGGAAUGCAGUUUAGGAUGUUAAUGCUUGCAAAACCCAAGUUUACUCUUCUAGAUCAAAAACCUACACUUGAACAAGUCCAACCUGAAGAUACCAUGACCCUGAUGAGAACCUUAAGUGAAGAAUUCAAACGUCCUAGUAACUAUAUCAAAUUACCAGAUGGUAGCCAACUGAUUCGAGGCACAAAACAUGUUGGUGAUUGUGGUGUGGAAGUAGAAUACAUAGCACCUUAUAUUUGUAUAAUGGCGGCUGUGGUUGGAGAAAAAUACUGUCUCCGGACUUGGUCCUCAGAUGUCUUAGACUUUGUCAUGACCUCAGGAGACGUUUUAUACAAAAAAUCAAAAUAUGGUUUUGUGCAACUGGUUAAACUAGAGCUACCACAUAUUGUCCUUGGUCACGAAGACUUCAAGUGUCAAAUUAGAUAUAUCUUUGACGCACCAUGUAAUCUCCGCAUAAUGAAACUAGCUUUACAGAAAGUAAUCAUGUGUGAAACAGACUGGGUGUUUAUUGUAACAGAAGUUUACACUUGUGCAGUCUGUCAAAGACGUGGUAUCUACUAUCUGUAUAAUCCAUUCUCAUGUAAUGAACUGGGAUUGGAUGAUGUGAAGGGUUUCUCAUCAGUUGCAAGAUUCAGAGACAUGGAGGAUCUAUGUCUGAGGAUUAUCUUCAAUAAAACUAAGCGGGACGUACCUGAAAAGGGUAAUUAUUCAAGAUUUGCUUUGUAUGUAUGCAGGGUUUCAAGAAGGCGUAAGUCAGUUAUAAGAAUGAAGUAUCCAGGAGAUGAUAUGGAUGAAGAUGAAGGACAUAAAACAGAAGAUCAUGAAGAAGAAGCAGAAGAAGAAGAGGAACUAGUUGCAAGAAAUAAACAUGGUUAUGUAAAAGUAACCAACGUUGAAGUUAUAGAAGGAACUAAGGUUUUGGAACGUCCAGCAAGUGAUCAAGUUGAUUUGAUGGAAGAUCACUUUGCUAGCCUAGCUGCAGCAUUGAUGGUAAUUCACAAACCCUUGGAAAAUUGGACAACGAAAAACGUGGAUAAAACUAUUGACUUAGGGAAACAUAUCUAUGACCAUGCGGAUUCUCUAGAACAAUCUAGAAGACGUACCAUAAGAAAUAUCCUGGUAGGUAAAUACUUUUUUGAUGUCAUUGUAAAGACCAUAGAAAUAGAACCAUACAAAUACCGGAAAAACUUCAAAGAGAGUCUGAAAUAUGUCAUGCGUAAACGCAAGUUCAUCAUGUUACAAACAGGUGAAGGUACCUACGUUAUCUACAUUGAUACAGACAAUCAUGUGGUACAUCUAUACCAUCCCUAUCAAGCAACGUUCAAUCAAAAAGAUAAACCAUCAGAAGAUGUAUCGAAUGCAUGUUGGAUUAAAUUCAAAUCAUUUAAACAAGCUAUCAAGUUUUUAAAGAAAGCAACAAUGAAUCGGUAUAAAUUCUUCACAUUCAACGUGAUUAAUGUUACAAGAGCUCCCAGAUCUGUUAUUGUAAGUGCAAUGAUUCAAGACUGGAUUAGAGCAAAACAGGUUAAAGGUGAGAUUAGUGGUAAGUCAUUCCAUGAACAUGAAAGUUGGAUGGACCUGCAUGAUAACCCAUGGUCAAGAUUAGGUGGUAAUCUAUCUCCAAUGAAAGGAGCUCAUAAUAAAUGGUAUUCCUGGGAUAUAGAAUACAAUAAUGAUCUGUAUAUGAUUUGUGGAACUAUGUCUCAGCAUGAUAAAUGUUUCAAGUCUGAUAUUCGUGGGAAACAGACCCUGGCCUCUUUGGUAGCUGUCAUUGGGAUGACAGGUAUCUAUGAUCUGAAAGAAUGGAAUCCUUCGGUGAUUGACGCUGUGCUUAUAUCUGGAUACAAAUAUUUUGUCAAGUGUAUAGAAAACAUUGAAGAUAAAGAUCAUGAAUUUUCCAUGGAAGAUUUGAUAGAUGAAUGUGAGAUCUUUCCAUUCCAGUUCAAGGUGCGUUAUCAAGCUGUCGUUGAAGGUACCAUGUUUUUGACUAGUACCAAGAGGUUCAAUUUGUAUAAAUCUCUGCAGUUCUUCUUUGAUGAGUACUAUUAUCGUGCUGGGAUUAUUGUGGCGAAUAAAAAUGGAGUCAAGAAGAUGGUGGCAUUUGCUAAGAGGAAGGAUAAUGAAUAUUAUAUGUUUGAUUGUAUGACUUUUGGGAAGCCGAUGUUUGCUCCACAUGAAGGUGUUGCUUACAUGUUGAGGUGUACUACUUUGGCGAGGUUGAUUCAUGUGAUUGUGUUGACUCUGCGAGGUGGUGAUUUCUAUGUCUAUGAGGUGAUUGCGGAUAGUUAUAGUGCUGUUGAAGGGGAUAUGAAUCCUUACGUUGAUGAGAAGCCAAAAUUAAGACCAUGAAGAGGUUUGAAGUUGAACAUGGAAAUUGUGUGUUAUGAAAGUUUUAAUGGUGUAUAUGUUUUGUUUUGUGUCAAAUUGUUUAUAUACUUUGUAAAUAUUUAAUAAAUUAAUUGUUUUUGACGUGAUAA